AUGACCAACCAGAACAACGCGAAUUCCAACCCCAUCUUCCCUUCUUCUUCGUCGUCUCCUCCUCCCCCUCUUCCUCCGCCGCAGAUUUCUCCUCUUCCGAACCCAAACCACCAUCGGAAGAAGCGAACCAAGUUGAACAAGAUUCUGACCCACAAUGCGGCGGAGUCGGCGGCGAGUGGGAGUGCCAGGAAGAACAAGGCGGGCAGCAGCGGUGGAGGGAAAAAGGCGGACCCGUCAGCGCCGAAGGACAAGCCGUGUACAGAGUGCGGGAAGAAGUUCUCGUCUUGGAAGGCUCUUUUCGGUCACAUGAGGUGUCACCCUGAGAGGGAAUGGCGCGGGAUUAACCCUCCCCCUAAUCACCGCCGCCGCCCUACGCCGCAGACUCCCCUGAUGAUUUUCCCUCCCUCGCCGCCGCCACCGCCGCUGCCGCAGACCCACAUUGGAGGGCCGCGUGGGGACCCACAGGAGAUGAUAACGAUGACCGCAGCGGAUCACGAGGUGGCUGAUUGUUUACUCUUCCUGGCCAAUUUCACCGCCGCCGUCGCCGUCACCGCUUGCAGUCACCAAUCCCCUGUUUCAGGAGAGCAAAAUUGGGGAAACAGAGUAGCAGCCGCUGUGGAAGGAGACGAAUUUGGCGGCGCAAUUGUGCCUUUCCACCAUCACAAUCAAGAAGAAGGAGAGGAUUCGGGUCGGUUCGAGUGUUCAAGUUGCAAGAAGGUGUUUGGGUCACACCAGGCGCUUGGAGGGCACCGCGCCAGCCACAAGAACGUCAAGGGCUGCUUCCAGAACGACACAAUUGUCCCCGCAUCAGACGAUUCUAGGCAGAACAGUUCAUUAGCCGAAAGUUGUGGUGAUGCGCAUUCGGCGGCGGUUGUGUUGGCGGGAGUCGACGGCGGCGGUUCCGUCCCCGGCUAUCACCAAUGCAGCAUUUGCCUAAGGGUUUUCCCGAGCGGGCAGGCGCUCGGCGGGCACAAGAGAUGUCAUUGGGACAAUCAGAGAGGUAUUCAACAGCAGCAGCAGCAGCAGCAGCAAGGGUCGCAAUCUUCGUCGUCGAUGUUGAUGGUGGACCUGAAUUUGCCGGCGCCGGUGCCAGCACCGGCUGUGAUUCUCCCGCCGAAGGAUGAAGGGCAUGAAUGCUCUUCGGCCCCAACUCUGGACUUGAGGUUGGGCCUUUGA